AUGAGGUUAUUAAAAUACCCAAUCGAAUUGUAUGAGGGAGAAUGUUUAACUUCCAUGACCUCUAUUAAAGAUAAAUUAAUCAUUUUAACCAAUCUAGGUAGAAUAAUUGUAUGGUUGCAACAACAUUUAGUAGAUGCAACGUUCGACAAAAUGUCAAUUAAAGAAUUACAUAUCAACACAGCAUUUCAUUUAAAUCCAAACAUCGGUCAGAAUGAUGAAGCUUGUUUUAUAAUAAGCCAAAACGAUAAACUUUUCGUUGGGUCAGAACAAAAAUUGAUAGAGAUUUCAAAUUGGGAGCAACCGAAUUCGAAAAAACAGGCCACUAUUUAUUCUUGUUCUCGGCCUUCUAUAAUAACUGAUAUUAAAUUAGAUCCUCGAAAAUCUAUUAUCUUUGUUUUAUGUAGUAAUCCUAAUAGGGUAUUAUUAUUCGAUAGUUGUACUUCAAUAAAAAUCUCAAUGAUUUCAUUGGAUGAUACUGUUAAACCAAUCACGUGCAUUAUAGAUCCUUCUAGUCAGAUUUUGACAAUUUUUGCCUAUAACAGAACCAUUUUAAUAUACCAAUACAAUGAACAAGGUGAAUAUAAAUUAUUGAACGAACUGAAACAAGUUGUUCAAAUGAAACCUUUACAUUACAAAAUUUCCAUGCCACCACAAGCUGAUUUAAUUCCAGUUAUAAAUUCUGUGAAAAAUAUAUCUGCCACAGGUACCACAACAACAGUCUUAUUAAAUAGAAAUGAUAGUUAUAAAGUGACCGCUACUAUUGUGUCCCCAGCAUCGAGUUCAUGUAAAGUUUUACAAUAUUCUCCAGUUUUAUAUGAAAAGAGUAAUAUCAAAAAGGGAACAAAAACUAAGUAUAAUUUGUUGGCUACUUCAGGUUCCGCUGUUGGUUCGAUUCUUGUGUGGAAUAGUAAGCGUAUGAAGCCAUUAUUUAAUGCUAUUCAGGUGUCAGAAUCCCCAAUAAAUGAUAUGUUAUGGUCCGACCACGGAUUAACACUCUUUGCUAUUUCUAAUGAUAAUAUUCUAUUUACAUUUGCAUUUCUUCCAACUGAUCUAGGCCAUGUUUUACCAACAGAUGAAGUUCUUGAAUUACAAAAAUUGAAUAAACAAUUACCACCCUUACCGACCAAAAAACCAUCGUCGGUUAAUGAGAAAUCUUCGGUUACAAUUGAACAAAAGACCGAUUCUGGAAUAACAUCGGAUAAAAAUAAAACUAAAAUAAAGAUACCUUCUGAAACUACUGUCACUGUUAAAUCGAAUAUUAAAGGAAAUGGAAUUUCUCUGAAUGAUGCUUCCGUUUUGGAUGAUCAAUCCGUAAAGGAUCCACCAUUACCACCGACAAUCAAGCGUAUUCAAAGCACUUCAAUGGAAUUUAAUCCACCCUCAUAUGGAGUUCCUAAGGAUUUAAAACGCAAACCUAAACCUCAAGUUACUACUGGUUUAGACCAAACAGUAUUAUCAAAUAAGAAACAGAAGAAAAAAGAAUUAGAACCAAUAGACUUUUUAGACACAGGACUAUUAUUACCUAAUGUAUCAUUUUCAAGAAUAAGAUUAGCUACACCCAAGAUACGACUUUCCUUCACAUAUUCACCUCCAGCAAAUGAUAAACUUGAACUAUCUAUCAAGAAUGGCAGUGGUAAUGAACAAGUUCCCACGAAAAUUAUAUUAAGAUCUAGAUUAUCAGAUGAUAAUAAUCAAUUGUUUCAAGAUUUGAUUCCCAAAUUUGUUACUAUGUGCACGGCCGGUUCAUUCUUUUGGGCGUGUUGUACAGAAGAUGGUGUGAUAUACGUGUAUAAUGAUUCAGGAAAACGAUUAUUACCACCUUUAAUCUUAGGUGUAUCAAUAAGUUUUUUAGAAGCUGCAAACGAUUAUCUAUCAUGUGUGACAAGUUUAGGUGAAAUGUAUUGUUGGAAUGUUAGAGAGGAAAAAUUGAAUUUCCCUACUAAUUCGGUGUUCCCAAUCUUAAAUCCAUCAUUGAGAUAUUCUGAUGAUAUCUUAACUAGAGCAGAAAAUAUUACCAUGUUUGCAUUGUCCAACAAUGGCGUUCCUUUGGUUACAUUAAGCAAUGGAGAUGGUUUUAUGUUUGAUAAAAACAUGGAAACAUGGUUAUUAAUUAGUGAUAGUUGGUGGGCCUAUGGUUCCCAAUAUUGGGAUAUGAAUAAUACAUCAAGGAUUAAUGGAAAAAUUAAAUUAUCGGAAGUUGGAAACCAAUCAAAGGAUCACUAUUGGAAUUUAGAUAAUGUGCAAGAAUUAGUAGAGAGUGUGAAGGAUGAUACAUCAAAUAUCAUAAAUUAUAUUGAACGUAAGACAAACGAUGAACUAAACAGAAAGAAUUGUAUAAAGAAUUUACAACAAUUUGCAAGAGCCCUUUUGAUGAAAGAGGGUUUUGAAAAUAUGGAAGAAAUUGUAACGUUGGCUCAUUUGGAGAACAGGUUGUUAGUUUCUUUUAGAUUACAAGAAACCAGAGAAUAUUCCAAUUUAAUGAUUGUUUAUUGUGUUCGUCUUGCUGAAAUGGGUUAUGUCGAUAGAUUAGAUGAUGUAUUGCAAUGGUUAUAUAACGAUGGAGAUCUUGAGUCGACACUGUUAGGCACGCUUUCAAGGAAGACUAUCUUAAAAGACAUUCUAAUGGCAUGUGCAAAUAUUAGACAAGUCCAAAGAGUGACAACAAACUAUGCUAAUAUCCUAGGAAUAAUAAAAGAUGUGAUAUGA